AUGAGUCAGGUGGACGCUACCAAGAUUGAUCGAGCCCGUGACGAGUUAGAGGAAGGGGCAUUCAAGAGUCUCCUGGAUGCUGUCGAAGUGGACGAAGCCAGUAAACAGUUAGAGGAGGGCGCCGCCGACAGGGUCGUGGAUGACACCGAGAUGGAGCGCAACAGUGACGAUGUGGAGGAGGGAGGAGCUGAGAGUCUCAUUGAUGAUGACAGGAUGGACCAAGCACAUGGAGACGUGGAGGAGGGAAUGGACCAAGCACGUGACGAAUCAGAGGAGAGUGUAGCUGACAGUCUCACAGAUGAUGACAGGAUGGACCAAGACCAUGAAGAAUUGGCAUCGGAUCUUCACAUGGAUACUGCCAAGAUGGAGCAAGGUGAUGAAGGGGAGGCAGCUGUGAGUGUCAGCAACCAUCCUUCGGGUGCCAUUUCCACCCAAUGA